AUGUCCGUCAUGUUGUCAACACCAUCGCGAGCCUCGACGGCAUCCUCGUCAUCUUACCAACCCAUUUCACGUCAGAACACCAUGUCGUCCUACGAUGGCACGCGGUCAGCCCGCCAGUCCAAGCGGUACUCCAUGUCCGCACUAUACAUGUCCAUGUCGGCAAACGAGACAGAUCUCGAGAUAGAGGAUGAGCUGGCAAAAGCUCAAAAGACGCUACGCGAUUUGAAAUCCAAAAUCUCGUCCCAGUCCAAGAAGAAUUUCGUCCUCGAAAAAGACGUACGCUACCUCGACUCACGAAUCGCUCUUUUGAUUCAAAACCGAAUGGCCCUGGAGGAACAAAAUGAGGUGGCAAGCCAUUUGGAGGACGCCACCGAGCUACAGGAGGGUGCUUUUCCAAACGACGACAAGACUCAGAAAUACGGAAACCUGAUGUUCUUGCUGCAGUCCGAGCCCAGGCACAUUGCGCAUUUGUGCCGACUCGUCUCCAUGUCCGAGAUUGAUUCGCUGCUGCAAACCGUCAUGUUCACCAUCUAUGGAAACCAGUACGAGAGUCGCGAGGAGCAUCUUUUGUUGACCAUGUUUCAGUCUGUCUUGACAUACCAAUUUGACUCUACGCCCGAAUACUCGUCGCUACUGCGAGCCAACACACCGGUAUCGCGAAUGAUGACAACUUAUACCCGAAGAGGUCCCGGACAGAGCUUUCUCCGGUCGGUUUUGGCCGAUAGAAUCAACAGCCUGAUUGAACUAAAGGAUCUCGACCUGGAAAUCAACCCUCUCAAAGUCUACGAACGCAUGUGCGAGCAAAUCGAGGAGGAUACCGGCAGCUUGCCUCCGUCCUUGCCUAGAGGUAUCACGGCGGAACAGGCGGCCGAGAACUCACAGGUCCAGGCCAUCAUCGAGCCAAGGUUAACCAUGCUUACCGAGAUCGCCAGUGGUUUCUUGAACACGAUCAUCGAGGGGCUGGACGAGGCUCCGUACGGUAUUCGGUGGAUCUGCAAGCAGAUUCGAAGUCUCACCAAGAGAAAGUAUCCCGACGCCAAUGAUCAGGUCAUUUGUACAUUGAUUGGUGGAUUCUUUUUCCUUCGCUUCAUCAAUCCGGCCAUUGUGACGCCAAAGUCAUACAUGCUCAUUGAUGGGGUCCCGGCCGAGAAACCGCGGAGAACAUUGACACUCAUUGCAAAGAUGCUACAGAAUCUUGCAAACAAGCCAUCAUAUGCCAAGGAGCCAUACAUGGCAAAACUGCAACCAUUCAUCCAGCUGAACAAGGACCGGGUCAACAAAUUCAUGCUGGAUCUUUGCGAGGUGCAAGACUUUUACGAAAGCCUGGAGAUGGAUAGCUACGUCGCCUUGUCCAAAAAGGAUCUCGAAUUGUCCAUCACCUUGAACGAAGUCUACGCCAUGCACGGAUUAAUUGAGAAGCACACCGGGGAACUCUGUAAGGACGAGAACUCGCAUCUAUCUCAAAUCAUGUCUGAGCUUGGCAAGGCGCCGCCCCAAGUGCCACGCAAGGAAAACCGAGCAAUCAACCUGCCGCUCUUCAGUCGUUGGGAAACAGCCAUUGACAAUCUGACGGCUGCUCUUGAUAUCACCCAAGAGGAGAUUUUCUUUAUGGAAGCCAAGUCCAUUUUCGUCCAAGUCAUGCGAUCAAUACCUGCCAAUAGCUCAGUUGCUCGGCGGCCACUGCGGCUUGAGAGGAUCGCCGAUGCAUCUGCCACGUCAAAGAACGAUGCCGUCAUGGUGAGAAAGGGCAUCAGGGCCAUGGAGCUGCUCAGCCAGCUGCAGGAAAUGAAGGUCAUUGACAAGUCGGACGGCUUUAGCCUUUUGCGAGAUGAGGUUGAGCAAGAGUUGCAACACCUCGGCUCUCUGAAGGAUGGAGUCAUUCUCGAAACAUCCAAGCUGGAGGAAGUCUACAAGACGAUUCGCGACCAUAACUCUUAUCUUGUUGGACAGCUUGAGACGUACAAAAGUUACUUGCACAAUGUUCGUAGCCAGUCUGAGGGAACUCGACGCAAACAACAAAAGCAACAAGUGCUUGGUCCGUACAAAUUUACCCACCAGCAGCUGGAGAAGGAGGGUGUCAUCCAGAAGAGCAAUGUUCCGGACAAUAGGAGAGCCAACAUCUACUUCAAUUUCACCAGUCCGCUACCAGGAACAUUUGUCAUUUCACUACACUACAAGGGUCGGAACCGUGGUCUGCUCGAGCUGGACCUCAAACUGGACGAUCUGCUCGAGAUGCAGAAGGAUGGACAAGAUGAUUUGGAUCUCGAAUACGUCCAGUUCAACGUACCAAAAGUGCUGACCCUCCUCAACAAGCGCUUCGCACGGAAAAAGGGAUGGUAG